CCAGCUCGCAUGGCUAACACCAACGCCCCCAAUGCCCCCUCCAACCCAAUCCCCAUAGUCAAUCCAAGAGGGAGAAGUCGCUCAGUCUCCAUAUCCUCAGCGUCGUCGGGCUCGACGAGCUCAGCCUCUGACCUCCCGACUCCACCCUCAAGCUCGAUGGGGUCCCAGCGCAUCUCUAUUCCCUCGCCAUCCACAUCCCCCAUUCUGUCCUACUUCCUGGCUCAGAGCCCAUCCAAGUCCACCCCGACUCCAGCGGGCACCUUCCCGUUCAGGCGCAGCUUUGGACCCAGCCCAGUCUUCGAAGAGGACGAAGCUGAAAACAAGGAGAUUCCAGUCGCCGCUCAUGCCAGGCGCGCUAGUGUGGCUGCCUCCAACCGAUUCUCAGGUCAGGCCACGGCCCAGCCUGCUCACAUUCCCGAGGCCUUACAGGAUCGGGGUACGGGACUAUUGAGACGACUUUCUCUUAGCAGCUCGGCGUUCACAAAGCCCCAAAUCGACUCAGCUUCGAGAGGGCCACCAAGCCCGCCACCAAACUCGGCUGUGAACCCCACCCAGCCACACAGCCCUCCACUCAUCCAGAAGCCACGUCGUUCUGCCACCAUUAGCGACGGAGCUGGGAGGCCUCGUCGAGCUCCCUCUCCAAUGGGAGAACGCAUUCUCAAGGGUCACUUUGACGGUUUCAACUAAGCCCGUUACAUUCGUUUCACCUUGCCCACCCAGGCACCACUGUCGUUUCUCGGUCAUUGCAUCAUGAAUCCUCUCACACAUUUGUCUUGCAAGAGCACAAUACCCGCUUCGGACAAUUCUCUCUAAUCCUGGCCUUUAAUUGGACGAGGACGCUGUUCUAUCGAACGACCAACUCUUACAAUACGCCACCCCCUCCUCGCCACCUAACUUUCGGGCCCGAAAGCUUAUUCGCCAAGCUUCCUUCAAUCAUUCCUCGAGCACUUCGGCCAUGUCAUUGAGGCCGUGGUCUUGUUUGUCAGUCACUUCAAAACUACGUUCUGGUGCAUCAUUCUCAAGCAGUCUUAAAUUCUUGUGGACCAUUCCGUGUACAGUAUCCCGCCCGGCCUCUUCAAGUAUUCAUUGUGUACAUAUUGAUUCUGGUUUUUCGUUGACUGCAUGUAUCAUUUCUUUGUACUAAUAGUAGUAAUUUAACUAUCGUCUUCUCUUUCA